AUGUCCCAGUACAGUGAGUCUCACCUGCUGAGUUUGGUCUCUACGAUCGGCGCACGGGCUGCGGGCUCACGGUACAGAAAAGACACCGACUGUGAGGUGUCACUUCAGGAUAUCAUUCGCUUUCUUCAAAAAGAUAAUAAUGAGCGUCGCGUCUUCCUGCAGUUGACAGCUUGGAAUGUUUUAGCUAAGGAUCUAAUUCCUCUUUUACUGUCAGAGGACGACGUAAAUGUUUGCGUUCUAGUGUUGAAACUGCUGGUCUUCCAUACACUUCCACCCGAAAAAGACAGUUCUAGUUUUCUCGAGCAAGUGAGAGCGUUAAACCUAUCCGCUCGGGCUUUGCUAGACAAUCCCGUCAUCUUUCCAAAAAUCAUGCACCUCGUUUCACAAGCGCUCCAAACAAUUGAAACACGGAGGCUAGUGGCAACGGAUGUAGAAGCGAAGAUGCUUCAGCUUGUGCUCACAUUCAUUCGAAAUUUACUGCUCGUCUCAACUUCAUCCACUGGUUUCGAAGCGACAAACUUGGAUUCUGUUGAUGAAACGUGUAAAAUUUUGUCUGAGUGCAAGUUUUUGCAAGUACUCGCCACGAUCCUUCAGGACGUAAGAUUGUCGCCGUUCAAGGCAGAAAUACCCAUCCUGGUUGAGAUAUUUGAGCUGAUACUGAACGCGGACAAGGGUAACAGUGCUUGGUACAGAAUGAGACCCGUCUCUGAUCAACACCCUGGUCACGCCCGCGCGACUCGCCCAGACAGACAAAAGUUCGGUGUUUCAAAGGAACAACUUUCCAGAUUUAGUGCGGUCUACGUCAGACGGAGUCAAUACGUCGUAUCCGAAAAGAUUAUACGAGGAAUGCGAAAAGAAUCAUCAGGAUCGCGCCCUGUACGUGCGCGUGGAGGCAGUGCACUGUCACCAACUUGGUUGAGCGACUUUUCUGAAAGUCUCCACAGUGCGGCGGUGAAUCAGUUCCUUCUUAUAGCGUGGGAAGACCUGAAACGGGGCAGACAACAAAUGGGAUUGAGUGUCGAGUAUUCCAUCAGGCUGAGUUGUUUUGCGCGCCUUUGUUCUCACUUUGUGGGUUCUUCAUACUCCAAAGUGCUCAACCAUGCCCGUAAUGAACAAAGAACCAUCUCCGCAGACUAUGUGGCAACCAUAGCAAACAUUUUGUCUACUGAUUUCGUUACUUGGAUAAGAUGUGAAUGGCUUGAACUUGAGCAAAGCAAGCUUUUUUCUGAGUGUGUGCCUCUAGUCGAGCUUCUCGCUUGUAUAGCACAGCUGUUAACUGAGCUGCAAAAUUGGAAUCAAGACGAAAGAAUACGGUUUGCGAGCAGGCCAAUUCGUUACGAGUUCUUGAAUGAGGAUACAAAGUACGGUCUGAUAUGCUUCCUUCGCUCUCAGCUGAAAAAUUUCAAAUGGUCGGGGAUGCCCGCAAAUUACCUGGCUUCGCUAUUCACGCUUCUCAGCGAGAUGUCAAAUUUAUCCUCGUUGUCCAGCACGUUGUCCAGCACAUACGAACAGGUCAUUGGUGAAACCAGUGAUCAGCUUAAUGACAUUUUCAUGGAUUGUACAAUAUUCAUGAAUCAUCUUCGACUGACGCAGCUUUUCCAUCCAAAGAACUAUGCAGAAGCUAGUUGCCGGGCGCGAUUUUUGAACCGAGUCGAUCCCUCAACAAGCCUUCGAUUGAGUGCUCUGACAAGUCUGCAGCUCCUCAGGAUGAACUUUCACGAGGGCAUCGCAAGUGCGAGCAGCAACUUGCUUGAAAAAACUAUACAAUUACUGAACGGGGAGGCAUAUGGUAACAAUGGUGCCGAGGGGUCCGUGUUUGUGAAAUUGUUGGUCGACCACUCUUGA